AUGGAAGUCGAGCGGCGGAGUCGACCCAGGACGCCCCAGGGAGCCAUGUCUACCAUGACGACAGUCUUCCUGCAGAGACUGGCGGGAGUAGCACACAGUGUGACUGGUCGGCAGAGAGGCAACCCAACACCCAGUCACUUCAACACCCUUGUUUACGGACACCACAAACACCCGCCCCAGUGCCCCCGACCCAGUGCCCCGAGUGUCCCGAGCCAGUGCCCCGACCCAGUGCCCCGAGUGCCCCGAGCCAGUGCCCAGAGUCCCCCGAGCCAGUGCCCCGAGUCCCCCGAGCCAGUGCCCCGAGUCCCCCGAGCCAGUGCCCCGAGUGUCCCGAGCCAGUGCCCCGACCCAGUGCCCCGAGUGCCCCGAGCCAGUGCCCAGAGUCCCCCGAGCCAGUGCCCCGAGUCCCCCGAACCAGUGCCCCGAGUCCCCCGAGCCAGUGCCCCGAGUGCCCCGAGUCCCCCCCCCGAGCCAGUGCCCCGAGUCCCCCGAGCCAGUGCCCCGAGUCCCCCGAGCCAGUGCCCCGAGUCCCCCGAGCCAGUGCCCCGAGUCCCCCGAGCCAGUGCCCCGAGUCCCCCGAGCCAGUGCCCCGAGUCCCCCGAGCCAGUGCCCAGAGUCCCCCAGAGUGCCCCGAGCCAGUGCCCCGAGUGCCCCGAGCCAGUGCCCCGAGUGCCCCGAGCCAGUGCCCCGAGUCCCCCGAGCCAGUGCCCCGAGUCCCCCGACCCAGUGCCCCGAGUCCCCCGAGCCAGUGCCCCGAGUCCCACGAGCCAGUGCCCAGAGUCCCCCGAGCCAGUGCCCAGAGUCCCCCGAGCCAGUGCCCCGAGUCCCACGAGCCAGUGCCCAGAGUCCCCCGAGCCAGUGCCCCGAGUCCCACGAGCCAGUGCCCAGAGUCCCCCGAGCCAGUGCCCAGAGUCCCCCGAGCCAGUGCCCCGAGUCCCACGAGCCAGUGCCCAGAGUCCCCCGAGCCAGUGCCCAGAGUCCCCCGAGCCAGUGCCCAGAGUCCCCCGAGCCAGUGCCCAGAGUCCCCCGAGCCAGUGCCCAGAGUCCCCCGAGCCAGUGCCCAGAGUCCCCCGAGCCAGUGCCCCGAGUCCCCCGAGCCAGUGCCCCGAGUCCCCCGAGCCAGUGCCCCGAGUCCCCCGAGCCAGUGCCCCGAGUUCCAACGAGAUGUGA